UUUAUUGAGCUGUCAUUUCUCAAACGACACGCAACGAGUUCGCUUGCUAUUUGUUUCUUAUUUAUUAUUGUUUUUAAUUUUUUGCAUGCAUGAGAGUUAUUUAUAACAGCAACAAAAAAAAAACUAAACAUUAAAUGUAAUCAAUUUGUUUUCAAGUGAAAAUAUUACCGAAUAGUGCCUUAAAAAGCCUCUGCACAGUGCAAUAAAAACGCCAUCGCAGCGAAAUUGUGUAAUUUGUAUGCAAAUGGGAAAUUGAGCUCUUGUCAAAUUGGAGCGGAGCCAUUAAUAAUUUAAGUUGGAAAUGCCACUAAAAUUUCUGAAGAAAUGUCGGCAAUACAACGUAACGUCGAAAAAUUUAUUUGUGAUAUCCGUGCAUCAUUUACUCGAUACAUCGACUACAGUUGAUUGCACCAUUAGUUCGGAGAGCAAGGGUCAAGAAUGUCUGGACAAUGUAUGUCAGCGUUUGUCAAUACAACAGCCUGAGUUUUUUGGUUUACGCUAUAUUGUGAAGGGCAAGGAGAAUGAGUUGAAAUGGAUCGACUUGGAUCGUUCAUUAAGUCGUCAGCUUGAAAAAUAUGCUGCGGGAACAAAAAUAUUUUUGCGCGUACGGCAUUAUGUAACCACAGGCGUACGUCAUUUGAGUGACGAGGUGCGUUAUUAUUAUUUUCUGCAGCUAAAAAGUGAUAUAUACGAAGGAAAAAUUGCCUGCGACAUACGUACAGCUAUUCUCUUAGCGCUUUAUUGUCGACAAGCAGAAUAUGAUAGUUAUCAAAAUGAUAAACAAACUAAGGACUAUUUAAAAAAAUCAAUUGCUUUGCCCAAAAAUCUGCAAGGACUCGCUAACGAUGAAAGUCUCUUAGAUAGCCUUAUUAUUGAAGUGUUGCAGCAAAAUGCUGGCAUACAGCACUUGACUCAAACCCAAGCCGAAGAAAUGUAUAUACAGUGUUGUCAGCAGCUGGAAGGUUAUGGUCAGGAACGUUUCCAAGCCAAAGACACACUAGGUAAUGACUUGGUACUUGGUUUAGCUAUAAAUGGCAUGGUAGUCAAUGCAGAAAAUGGCCGGCAGUAUUUUCCGUGGAAAGACUUUCAUACAGCAACUAUCGAUAAACGCACUAUUAAAAUAGAGCAGAACAAGGCCGAUGGUUCUAUUGUUGGUUCAUUUAUAUUUUCAGAAGCUGAGACGGCUCGUUAUUUCUGGAAGCUAUGCAUAACUCAACAUAAAUUUUUUAAACGAUAUAUUGAUGAUGAUACAUCAAGCACCGGCGAUGUUGAAAGUUCAAAUGGUGUUUCCAUAGGUCCAGAUGCCAUUAACAAUACUGCGUUUACAUAUGAUUUUAGUGAUUCACGAGAAGAUUUAUUAUUAGAACAGCAGCAACGUGCCAUCUAUACUUCAGGUGCAUCCACAAAUGCUUUGACUGGCAAUCAGGAAUAUAUCUCAGCUCAGUCACUGCAACAGCAACAUCAGCAAAUGCCACACGGAUUGAUGGCUUCAACGAAUUCGUCUGCACUUAUGUCAUCGAAUAUUUCUUUGGCAGCAAGUCAUCAGUCAGGUGGUGGCGGUGGUGUCCUUCCUCCACAUGGAGGUACCAAUUUACAUGGUCAGAGUUGGAUAACUAAGGAAUACUCACACGAUUACGCAUCUUCACAGCAUUUGUCGAACAGCAUUUUGGACACACGCCUACAGAGCAGCUCAUGUUUAGAUUUAAGUAACAAUAAUUUACAUAGUAGUAGUAGCAUUAUUAGUCAUAAUAAUAAUCACUUACUUACGGCUGAUGCCCAUGAGCGCGAACGUCUCAAAGCUAUGUUACCUACAUAUCGUCCAGCGCCCGACUAUGAAACUGCAGUGCAAUUAAAAUAUCGUACACCAUCUAACGAACCACAUAAUUUACCCUAUCAGGCAACAGCCCUGGCAAUGACGGCGCCACCAGCAAUGCCAGCAUAUUAUGCUGGUUCUCAGCCAGAUGUGCACAAUACUGGUGCUUACACAGAUGGAAUGUUACUGACACAUUUAACACCACAUCGUUAUCCAGAUGUAACUCAGCCAGCAGCGACUAUACAUGCGCACCAUCAUGUAAAUCUAACAACAACAGCACCUGCAAUUUCACCUAACAUGACUGCAAAUACUGGCAACGUUUAUGUAGAUUUACCACAACGAUUGCAAAUAAUUCGUUCUAAACCACCUCCACCAUAUCCAGUAAAUCGUUUGAGCUCUUCAUCUACGCCUGAUUUAGCUGUAGCUUCGCAUAGACCGUUGUUGGGUUAUCGUGCUUAUGUGUCGGGGUCUUCCCCGGAUCUAGUAUCAAAUCGUAAUUUUUUGAACUCGCAAUAUCAAUACGUAGGUGUCACCAGUGGAAGUAGUGCCAUAUCUAAUUCAUCAACAACAGCAAUGAUACAUCAAUACCCGUACAUGGGCCAUAUAGGUCAUUCGCAACCAUAUCUACCACACGGAACAUUCGAAAAUUUAAACAUGAUUGAAGAGCAACCAUCUAUUAUGUCACAACUGCAUCAAUCAGCGCUUAGUCAAGCAGCUGCACAAGUAGCCAGUCAAAACUAUGAACAAAAAUCACCAACAUUACCCACAAAUGUUUAUCGGCCAUCAUCAGCAUCUCAAAAUCAGUCACCUUUGCACACUCAACCACCCACCACUGCCUCUCCACCGCCAACUACCUUACAACGUAAUGCCAUAAGCGGUUCAAUAGAACCAAUUUACGAAAAUGUGCCACUACCACAGUACACAACAACAAAUAAUUCGACCACACCGUUAGCACAAAGAAACACAGAACAACGUGCAUCUGGUUCCUCAUCACGUACCAAUAGCGAUGCUAUGCGUAAUCGCACUUCUUCCAUACAAUCAGCGCCAGGGGGUAUGCACGCACAACCACCAGUACCAGUGCCGGUAACAGUAUCGGUGUCGGUGCCAGUACCUGCUGCAAGGCAUCAACAUCAUAUACAACAACACCAGCAUCACCAUGCCGCAACAGAACUGGAUGAAAUUUCUAUGAAUAUUAAAAAAUUUGGAUCACAAGCACAUCAUAUGGAUCGUGCUGCCAGUACGGAAAUGCAAUUCUUAGAUCCAACACCACCACAACGUGCUCUGCGUGCUGCAUCUGCUGCUCCUGCCAUCAACAUUAAUCAUGGUAGUCAACAAACUACCGUUGUAACUCAAACACCACCACCACGACAACAUAAAACAAACCUUUUGAAAACCACUUCAAAUAUAUCGACUGUUGACGUUGUCUCACCUGCAUCCUCAACAUCUAUUUCCCAACAUACAUCAUCUGCUCAUGAUGACUCGUUAUUACAGCAAUUCGGUGCCAUGAAUUUGUCUUCUAAUUCUUCCUCAAUGUUUAAUUCCACUUUAAAUAGUACUGGAACGACAUUGCAUAACUCGACCUCUUUGUCAAAAGACGGCAAACGCAAAAAACGCUGGAACAUACUAAGACGUAGUAAAACUCCAGAUAAACAAAAAGCAGCAACUUUGGGGCGUGAAAAGGUGUCUACUUCAAAAUUAGCCACUAAAGUAAAACUGGUUCAAGACGAUUUCCAUUUGCCGCAACGUUGGUCAACUGGCGCCUCUAAAUUACAACCUAUUUCGGGACAAUAUUCGAAAGAUAAAUUGUGUCAAAUUUUAAAUGAUAAGUUAAACGACUCGCAGCUUUUUAUGGAAUUCGAGAGCAUACCUAAACGAAGGGAACACGCAGAAUAUAAGUGCGCUUUACUAGAGGAAAAUGCUACCAAAAACUCAGAUCCUACUUUCAUACCUUACGACGAUAAUCGAGUACGGUUAACUCCAACAAGAGAAAAUCGACAUGGCUAUGUAAAUGCAUCCUAUGUUUCCGCCACUGUUGGCACAAAGCAGCGCUUCUAUAUUGUCGCGCAGUCUCCCCACGAUGAACUGACGACACGCAUUUUUUGGCAAUGCGUCUGGGAAGCGGAUGUUUACUUAAUUGUACAACUAUCAGAAGAACUAAGUUAUAUCCCACCGAACACAAAUCAAAGCGUUGAGUUUGGUCAAUUUCAAGUUUAUCAGGAAUUUUCUCAAACCACUGACCGUUGUAUUACGAGCAAGUUACGUCUCUAUCACGUACAAUCCAGGCGUUAUCGCUCUGUUUGGCAUUUAAACUAUACCGAUUGGGCUGAACAAAAUUGCCCACGCGAAGUUAAUCAUUUUUUGGAUUUUCUGGAAGAACUGAAUUCAGUGCGCAUGGCUUCGACACAUGAAGUACCUCGUGGACACAAUACAAAUCCACCAGUGCUUAUACAUUGCAUAGAAGGCGGAGGCCGUUCUGGUGUUACGUUGACAGCAGAUUUACUUUUGUAUACUUUGGACCAUAAUGAGGAUUUGGAUAUACCACGUGUGAUAAAUCAGCUGCGGCAUCAGCGUGAUAGUAUUAUACCAUCAUUGGCGCAGUAUAAAUUUAUAUAUAGUUUACUUAUAACCUAUUUGAAACGAACUAGAUUAAUUUGAUACAAUACUGGAGUUAAAGGUAACCACAUUUUGAAUAUGUAUAUUAGUGUUGGAAUAAAUGCUAUACAUUCAAUAUACAUAUAUUCAACAAAGUGCAACUUAAACUAUGUUUAGUAUCUUAAGAAUAAGGAGUAAGCAGAAGUGACUUCUUAGCUAUAAAUAUAUAUACCUACACUGCAGUAAUAAAUGUGCCGCCCAAAUUAGUGCAUUUGUUGCUUAACGGAUUAGAUAUCAACUAAGUUGAAUUAGAAUAAGCAGAUAUUAUCUUUAACUCCACAGACUGCACAACAGGAGUGAGAAUAUAAAAUUAUAUAUAUGAAAAUAAAUACGUAUUUUAGUCGGUAAUAUAAAGUUUUAUAACAUAACGUUAGCAUAUAUGUUUCGAGCAAAUUACUAUCUAAAGCGUAUUUACAGGGUGCUUCCAAUUGUUGACUGUUGUUGUUAUUAAAUACUUAUUAAAUAAAGUUAAAUUUAUAAAAAAAAUAUGAGCAAAUAUAUAUAAUAUAGUAUAAAAAGUCUGUGUAGUAAUAUUAGUAAACGCUGCAAGCAGUGCAGUUUAAAUAUGUCAAACAUUUCUUCUUCAAAAGCGUUUAUGUCUUAAGAAUAAAUAAUUUGUUGUCAGUCUCAAACCGUAUAUUUUUUUAUUCAGUGCAAAUUCAGCAAUGAUUGCUUUAAUAUUUUUACUAUAUAUAAAUGAAUUAAACAAUAUCUGACAAAAUUCUAGCGCAUAACAACAGUCGCACCCUUAGUCAGUAUAAUUAUUAGACAAAAAUUAAAAAAGAUUACUUUUUGAUAAAUGUCUCUGUACUUUUUAUUUUAUGUCCUCUUAAUUUUUUUAGGAUGUGUUUGUUGAAUUUGUUAUUUAAGUUAUAUAUAUUGUAGCUGUAACUUGUAUUGUAACUUGUAGAAUAUUCAUAAAUGCUCAAUAGAAACAAGCUACACUACUUCCUCUUCUACAGUACUAUGCCUUAAACAUGUAAUAUUUAUAUGCAAAGUAGUGAAUGUAAAUUAAUAUUUUUGCUACUUAGAUAUAGUCAGCUUAAAGCGUGACCGAAUUCAUAUUUAGAGCGAGAUAUUAAAAAUUUUAAAAAAUCAAUAAAUUAUAUAU